ACGAAACAGGAAUUCCGUCUAUGCGCGGAUGACAGCGUCGCUGAUGACCGACCCGUGGCAACGCAAAGCUGUUGCCCAGCGACCAGCGGUGAUCCCAUAGCUUUACUAACCAGCUGUGAGCCACUCGGCAGAAGCGUUUCAUCAACACACAGCUGUUUUGUGCCACCUGGCUUGUGUCAGACCGCUUAGACCGUGGAUGAAGUGUUAAUACCUUGAUGCUCAAUUGGACCUGUGCCUUUUCUCCAUCCGAGGGUCAGACUAACGAACUAGCAUAGCGUGGUGCUCUCGACCAGCCGACAAAGAUGAGUUUCUUCGAAAUGUCGUCCUUGGACGAGCUGUCAAAUGGACUGGCAAACUUGCCCAUGUUUCCUUAUUUUGAGAUUGCGCACUAUAUCGUCUCAGUGUUGGCUUUGAGGGAGCAGCAAGGAGCCGUAGGUCUGUCCAGAAUCAGCCCCCUGGCCUGUUGGGUCAGCUCCAUGCUCCACUGCUUCGGGGGAGCAGUGCUGUCAGGAUUCAUGCUGGCUGAGCCACCAAUAGAGCCUUUGUCCAACAGCAACAAUAUUCUGCUCGCAUCAAUCAUCUGGUACCUCGUAUUUUAUUGCCCCAUGGACUUGGUCUACAACUUCACGACUCUGCUGCCCGUCAGAGUGGUGCUGUCAGCAAUGAAGGAGGUGACCAGGACCUGGAAGAUCCUCGGAGGCGUUAAUCUGGCACAAAACAAGUACCAGGACAACCUGCUGAUUAUGAUCGCCAUCGGGUGGGCGAGAGGUGCUGGAGGUAGCCUCAUCAGUAAUUUUGAGCAGCUUGUCCGGGGUAUAUGGAGGCCAGAAACCAACGAGCUUAUUAGGAUGUCCUACCCUACAAAGAUCUCCCUGAUGGGGGCAGUGCUGUUUGCUCUGCAGGAGACUCGGUACCUGUCUGUGGAGAAACGCCACCUGAUGCUCUUCUACACCGUCUUUACUGUUGUCAACAAGACCCGGAUGAUGCUGAUGGGCUCCUCCUCCUUCGCCUUCUAUCCCAUCGAGUGGUUCCUGUUUGAAAUCCUCUUUAUGGGACGUGUCUCCUACUACACUCUCUCCCUGAGACAGAUAUGUGGAAACUUUAUCAUGGGUAACGGCACAUCAAACAGGGGCAGAUCCACCACUCGUACGACAACCAAAGAGUGCAAGGACUGCAGACACAACUGCCCUUCUUCACCUGUUAGGGGUGACAGAGGCAAUCGCAGAGCCAGAGACGACGACGACGCUAAAGACUCCAAAAAAUACAAAUAAACAGCCUUUGCAUUGUA